UAAAGAGCAGCGAACGAGCAAGAGUGAAAAAUAUAUUUCGGAAAAGAAUUGUGAUAUUUUUACCGUAAAAGUCCUUCCAAAUCCGAUUAAACGCAGUUAUACGGAUGAAGAAACGAAAAGUGCUUUUGGUAGCGUGUUGAUAAUUCAGAUACUAAUAUAAAACUGCCUUAUAUCUGCGUCCCGUCUGUGAAGUGGAUUAUGGCCUUAGCAGCCAGAAAGACACCAACGAAAAUUUAUGAUAUUCAGGCACACGAUAGUAAGGUUACAUGUUUGGACAUCGGAGAAACUGGGCGGGUGUUGGUCACUGGAGGUCAGGAUCGAAAUGUAAACUUAUGGACCUUUGGUAGCAAGGAUUGUUUUAUGUCUCUCGCUGGUCACAAUGCCCCUGUCGAUUGUGUCAAGUUUGCCUAUUCGGACGACCAGGUCUAUUCGGCCGAUGACACGGGAGUCAUCAAACGCUGGGAUCUCCAAUCGGGCUCCGAAUAUGCCACCUUUUUCGGACACAUGAAAACGGUCCGCACACUCGAUUACCACCCGUACAGCGAAUACGUGGUAUCGGGCAGUCAUGACACUUCGAUACGGCUGUGGGAUGUACGGCAGAGUCUCUGUAUCAAGCGGUACCGGGGGCACAUUUCGCACGUCAAUUCGGUAAAGUUUUCGCCGGACGGACUGUGGAUCGCUUCAGCUGGCACUGAGGGUAGUGUAAUUAUAUGGGAUAUACGAAUGAGCAAACAGUUUAUGGAAUUUACCGAACGAGAAUCGCCGGCGAUCUGCGUUCAGUAUCACCCGUCCGAUCUGCUGAUGGCAGCCGGGAGAAAUGAUGGAAGUGUCGAUUUGUACGAUUUAGAGAAGAAACAGUUGAUUUCGAGGGCUGACAAGACUCACUCGAAGGGCCAUACGGUGAAGUGUAUUGCGUUCGACGAAGGUGGUUCGUGUUUGUUCGUCGGUACCGCUGCGGGUAUUUCCGUGGUUGGCUGGGAGCCAGAUCAGGAGUAUGACCAUUUGGAUUCAACUUGGACUUUGUUGGGCGAUAUGAUAACGGCUGGCAAAAAGCUAAUUUGCGGAACAUACGAAAAUCGGAACGUUUCGAUUCAUGCGUUGAAUCUGACCCAGGUGAAACCAUUUUUCAAUCCUCAGAACCAGCCAUUCAAUCAUCAUCAAAGCUCAAGGAAAAGUUUUAGUCGUGGCAGUGGAAAAGUUCGAUUGUCGGUUGGUGAGCGUUCCAUUCCCGGAGAUGCAAUGGAGGACUGCACAAAUGGAGGAAUGUCUCCAAAUCUUAGUAUUGAGAUGAUUGACGAAGAAGAUGCGACAGCCGUGACCGAACAGAAAGGUUUCGAUUUUAGCCGCCGGAAUGGUAGUGGCACCGGAAGUUAUGAAUCUUUCACGCCGCCAGCGCCUGCUGUACCACCGGUAGCGAUCGUAACUCCACCUUCUGGCGCAUUGUCGAAUAGUAACUAUCUGGUCAAGGAAGAGAUGAAAAUGUACAAUAUUACAACACCGACAGGCUAUUCUAGCGAUCUGGAUUACUAUCCGUGCAAAAACAAUUCUUCCGAUGCCGAGAAGGAAGACUUUCCUGUGACAAAUGCUCAACCUCCUGAUUAUGCUCCAAAAUUGACUAGCAUUAGUACGACCAGUACCACCAGCAGCACCACUUCAUUGUCGAAAACUACUCUCGUAAGACAGAAAACCGAAACAAGCAACAACAUCAACAACAACAACGUACAGCAACGACGUCCUUCUCAACCAAAUAUAUCAUUCGCCAGAAACGCGACCAACAGUAAUUUAACCAGGCGAAUAUCAACCUCCAGAAGUACGCUCGAAUUGAACAAACUAUCACAAGAAGAACAGGUUACCUUCAAGAAGCCUAUUAGUCGCGGAAGUUCUCCUAUCAGAAACAAUACUGCGCUGAGUAGUAAAAUACGCAAGAGCGAAAGUUCGGUACAAAUCACCAACGUUAAAAACGGCACUAACCGGCACAGCAUUGCCCACAACGCCAACGUCAAGGUGGAGAUUUUAACAAAACCGAUGCGAUCGAAAACUUCACUGGAUAUGCGUCAACGGAACAACAAUGCCGAUGGUAACAUCAGCAGUGCCACGAUGAACCGCGCUGGUAUUAUCCAUCAAAAUAAUGGCAACACGAUGAUGGGUACUGUGGGUGGUGGUCACAGUUUGACUCACAUCGGCAUUGCCGAUAACGGUGGUGGUAGCAGCUUGGAACGGGACUCGAUAAUGAUGCCUCCUCCGCCUUUGAUUCCACCGGUCGGUCAUCAUCAUCAUCACUUCUCACAUAUUCGAUAUUCACACGAUGCCACUAACUUCAGCGGUAGUAGCAGCGUUGGUGGCGGGGCCAUGAGCACAACCGAGGAAUACGAGAUUCAGCUGCUGAUAAAUGAACACGACAGUAUAUUUCACGCUCUCUGUAAUCGCGCAGCACUGCUAGGAAGCAUUCGGAAAUACACGGAAAAAGGAGAAGUUAGCACGGCGCUUAAGGUAGCAAUCCGUAUGAACGAUCCGCACGUUCUCGUCGAUUUGCUCGGCGCGAUACUGGAAAAAUCUUCACAAUUCACGCUUGACAUGUGCGUGCUGCUGUUGCCAAAAAUCUACGAUCUGCUUCAGAGUGAAUACAAAUUCCAUUGUACCCGAGCUUGCGAUGCAUUGCGCAUUAUUUUGACCACGUUUCUGACGGUGAUUCGCGAAAACACAAACCCGUGGAGCGCCAUCGGAGUGGACGUCAGUCGGGAGGAACGCGUUAGCAAAUGUGUGGAGUGCAAAACGUGGCUUCUGAGGAUACGAACCCUACCGGAAAAUCCAAAGAUCGGGACAAAUCUGCAACAGCUGCAAAAUAUGAUGGUAGAUCUGUGAGGUGAGCGAAGAGUUUGUUUUUUUUUUGUAAUUUUACUUUAUGCAAAUUCGAUAGUUAGUCCGAUUGUGUUCGACUCCCGGAAUAGUUUCCAACUUCAAUAAUGUUGACAGUUGAGUAAAGCACAUUAAAAUUGUACGCUGUGCACCUAACCAUCAGUGCACUGCUAAAUAAAAUUAAUUGUUAACAGUACUAAUUUAUUGAACAGCACAGCGAGCGAAAGUGUAUAAUUGAAGAUUUUAACUUUUUUUUUUGAUUUUAUCUUAGAAAUAGCAGACAUGAUAAUUUUAUUUUGAAACUAGCGCAUUGAUGCGAAAAUACACAUUUACUUCGAUGCAGAUUAUUAAUAAGACUGAGCUUUUUAACAGAAGAUAAAACCACAAAAAUACCCUAAUUAUGAUAAAAGUACGAAAGUAAAGUAUAUUUCACCGUAUGACCUAAAAGCUAAAUCAUUUUAAUGGCAAAAGUCGUGUAGAGCACGUAAAAUUCAGCGAACAGUCGGAAAAAAGCAUGAACGAAAAACAAUUAAUUAAAACACAAACUGCAUAAUUCUAGGGCUCAAUUCCAAAUUUUUUAGCGAACGGCAUUGGAUACUAAAAAAAUUAAAAAUAACGAGAAAGGUGAUUUACUUAGUGCUUAAAAGGCUAAACAUAAAAAUGUGAUUAACCAUCAUCUUCCUUUUGUGUUGGUUCUCCGUAGCUCUUGGUUUGUUAAAAUAGUCGACCGUCAACGGUCAGACGGUAACGGAAAAUUUUACUAACAAAUAAUUUAAAUGCAUUUACAGUAACAAUAAAAUCACCCUAAACUAGCAGAGGUAUGAAUAGCAGAGGACUGCCCUUUCCAAUUUCCAAUCAGUAUCCUUUAUUUCGAAUCACGAUCUUUUUGUCCAGUAUUAUAACUUUUACCUUUCACAACCUCAAUCGAAAUUGUAAAAUUCACAUCAUCAUUAUCGUUUCGUACUAUCAUUGAACCAUUGUUUGUUUCUAAAACAUUUUCGAUCAAUCACUAAUUAAUGGAUAUGCUGUGCCUAGAAAUAGUAGACGGACUACGGAGAGUGAACAGAAAUCGUUAAUUUAUCCUUGUUAUAUACGUUAUACGUGGGCAUCUCCCACCAGGUGAAUGACCUUGAGGUCAAAACCUCUAGAAUCGAAACAAAAUUGAAAUAAUUUUGAGGGAAGAAGUAAUGAGGUGUUUUGGCAUUUUCGAAUCGCGACUGAUAAUUUUGAGUAAGUGAAUGUGGAGUCGAAGCCGUGAGUUAUCGGUAGCUCCCGUAUAUCAGUGCGCCAUCUACUAUAGAUAGUGUUAACUUUGUUGGAAAAGUGGGGAGAUGUAGAUUUAGAUGUUUCUGCACAUUCUGAUCACCCAUUACAGAGUUAUGGAAAACUAGCCAAGAUUAUGGCCUAUCUUCGAAUAAGUUAGUGACUGCAAAAAGAUCAUGUUAGUUCCGAUGCAGAAAAUUGGGCGGAUUUAGUAUCGAGCCUGUAGGAGAAGAUUAUUCUUAGCCACAGUUGAAACAUCGUCGAGGAAUAGAAGGAAAUUUCUGAGCAAGAUAUAACAGAUUCCAGAUUACACUCAGGCUCGUCCACACAACACGGACUGGAACCUCGGGUGGUCUACCUCGGGCCCUAAGGGAUUCCAGAAGCUCCGGCCUGGCGCCGCGAUACUCUACGCACGACCGCACGACAUGCUCGAUGUCCUGAUAACCGUUGCCGCAGGUGCAGAGACCGUUCUCCGCUAAUCUAACACGCCGGAGAUGUGUGUUGAAAGUGUAGUGAUUUGACAUGAGCCGUGACAUACAAAUAAAAUCGCGUACUCACGUUUAUCCCCAUGAACCAAGGUCUCGUUGGUACCCUAGGGAUGAUGGAGUGUAGCCAUAUUCAGAGUUCGCCAUUGCUCCAUGAAAUUUUCCAACUUUCGAGUGUUUUCUGCAGAGGGAUACUGAAAAAUUUAUUGAAGCAGAUUGGUCUUUCAUAAAUAUCACCUAAUGCGCCUACUUUAGCGAAUGAGUCUACCUUUUCAUUGCCCGGAAUGGAACAAUGCGAAGGGACCCAGGCUAACGACAUUGAAUAAGAGCUACCAGAUAAAGCUCUAAAAUGUUCCCAUAUUUUCCCCAGGAAAUAUCGGGGAUACUUUCCUGGUUUCAUCGCCCGGAGAGCCUCUAUUGACUUUAGAAGAUUUUAAUGAUCUCAAGUGUGUACUGAAUAACAGUUAAUUCUGCGACGUAAACUGAAGCCGGAUCAUUGAGUUUGUACGAAGUAGCGAUGUUCUGAUUGAAGAUACUGAAGCCUGGUGGACUCGUUGAUGUUAGAUCCGUCAGUGUAAACCUCGUUUCACAGUCGACUGCUCUAAACUUAUUGUAAACAUAUUAGGGGUCACUUGAGGACGUAUGUGAUCCGGAGUUCCACGAAUCCCUUCUCUCAUGGAUGUGUCGAAAAACACAGUAGAAUCAGAAGUAUCCAGAAAAUGAGCACAGGAACAAACGUAGAAGGAUUGACGUUGAACCAUGUAAUCAAAAUACAAGGACAUAAAACGGGUCUGAGAAUUGAGCUCGACAAAUCUUUCGAAGUUUUCAAUCACUAUCGGAUUCAAGAUAUCGCAUCGGAUUAGCAAUCGAUAUGAUAGAUCCCAGAAUCGAUUUUUCAAUUGUAAGACGCCCGCGAGCACUUCGAGACUCAUCGUAUGAGUUGACUGCAUGCAACCUAAGGCAAUACGCAAACAACGAUAUUGAAUUAUUUCCAGUUUAAUGAAAUGGGUGUUCGCGGCGGAUUGGAAGCAGAAGCGGACAAUAUCGUUGUUUGCUACAACCUGAUCCGGUCUCUCGUGAGCGGGCACCCCACCAUAAUCCGCUUAUUGUACGAAGAAAGUUAAUUCUCUGUUGUCAUGUUUGUUUCAGAUAACUAAUAUGAUAUCCCCAGGUGCCUUUGGAUUUGAACUAGACCCUGAGACAUUUGAAUGUGAAGACCUGAGAUAUGAUUUCACCCCUCAGAUGAAGUUGUGCUGGUUCUCGCUUCCUUGAAAAUACAACCAGCUCAGUUUUCUGCGUGGAGAACUCAAUACCUAUUUGAAGAGCCCAUGUGGAUAAGUUGUCGAGGGUAUCUUGUAAUGGUCCUUGGUGAUCUACCACUAUGGGUCCUAUAAUGGACACAACGCUGUCGUGGGCAAGUUGUCUGAUCGUGCAAGAUGUGUCGAUACAUUCAUCAAUGUUGUUUAUGUAGAAGUUCUAAAAAUUGGGGCUAAAGCAUGAGUCCUGAGGCAGCCCCGGGGCUUUAUUGUUACACGACAAGAGCGCAAGUGUGAACUCUGCCAUCGAAAACGGUGUUUCGUUCCUGGUUGAUGACGCAACGCGGGUGAUAUUCUGUUCCGGAAUAGAGUUAGGACAUAUUUUUUAGCGAAAUCCAGCGGUUGGAAUACGCCUCCUUUUUCGUGUGUGGUGUUUUGGUUGUGCAUUCGUCGGGCUGUGUUCCAAAGGGUGCUCAUCGAUGUUUCUUUUGUUAAUCCGUUAACAAACCGUCGAGGUCGAACAAAUGGAUAAAUCCAGCGCACUUGGUUUCGCUGGUGGUGCAGGAAUCUGUGUCAUUUCUCCCGUAUUCAUAAUAGUCAUAUUGAAGUGGCCGCAAAGAUCGUAGUUGAUCUGUUAUCAUCGUGAAAAGAGCCCCAUCCCGUACCGUGAGAGUUAAAGUGGUACCCAAUCGAGGCUCUUCGGGGGAAUGUAGAUGGAAGCAAUGCAAAGGUCCUUGCCUUUCAUUGUGACGUGACAUGCGACAACUUUAAUACCUGGUAUCGAGGGAGGCUAAUACGGCUAAAAGUACUCUUCCGCAGGGAUCGAUCGAUGAAUAGCGUAAUGUUGAAAUCGUGAAAGUUUAGUGAUACAUUGGAAGUUACCCAGUUUCGUACAAUGCAAAUGCGUCACAUUUCAGAUUGUGUACUAGAAAUUUGAACGGUUCUAUUUUUGGGAUGAUACUUCUACAAUUCCGCUAUAAAACAGUGAUUGAAUCCGUAAACUGGGUCGAUGACUUAUCCAUCGAAGGAUACGAUCGCUGAAAGAAAGGGCAAUUUUGCAGUCAACUGCUUCGAAAAUGUUUCAACUGUAGGAAUGAGAGCCAUUAAUAGGCUUUUUAGAGGUUCAGAAAUAUUGAAAGUGGUAAAAAUCCCGUUCUCAAUAUCAGAGAAUUUUACGAGUUCCAUUGGGAAAUUUUCUGAUUGAUCUACAGGGACUUUCGGAGGAUCUAAAGUCCCAUAAAAGGGUGGAAAUUCUUGCUCAGAAUUUAAUAUUCCAAGACCUGGAGCUUCUUUUCUUCGGUUUUUUGGAACUACUUCUAGAUGUUUUAAAUUUUUUGGAUCCCAUCUGAAGACACCUUCGAACCCUUACUAGGGAGCUUGUGAGAGGAUACAUUUUCCCUCUUCCUGGUCAGUUGACAAGCAAGCGUAAGGAUUUUCGGUAGGUAAUGUAGCACUUGCUUGAGAGAAUGCUCCAUCUUAUCCAUGCGCAGUUUGUACGCGGAACAAUCAGAGAGUUCAUGCAGUCCCUCCUGGCAGUAGAGACACUUUUCAAUGUCUCCACCGCAGUAGUUGUCCACAGGACUCCCUCUACACUUGAUACAACGGGAUUUUUUGCAACAAUGGGAUGCUGUUAGUCCCAAUUGUAUGCAAUUGGUCCUGUUCAUUACCCGCUUGCAAUCCAAUAUCUUGAAACUUUUGAGUAAUGUUUUUUUUAAACCGUCUACCUCAUGCUCAAGAACGUCCACGCAAGUCAGACUCGGAGCGGUGAUCACGCCGUCUAUCUCGACUUCGCGUGCUGGUACGUAUACACGAUACUCCUGCGUGAAGAGCUCACUGUUUGCACUGGUGAAUAAGACCCUAAUUUUUGUACUGUAUUAUAUCCCGAGGUCAGGUCUUUAGAUAGUCUAAGGAGAUUUAUUUUUUUUCCAUUGGCUUUCGUACGGAUGUAAAUCGCAUACGGUCCGAUCUUUCAUUCAAAGUAAAACCUCUUUGUAUUUACGUUACCGCUUGUAUAGCACAGUCCAUUCAUAGAUUCAUUUAAUAAUUUGCUGAUUUGUUGACUGUUAUUUUUUUCGAGUACAGUCCUAAUAUAAGAUUCGUAAAUGGAGGUUUAAGUGUAAUCAGUCUAACUGUAGCAGUACAAUGUUGAAAGUUGCGUUGAUAUCAUCACUACCAAGCAUGCAUGCACGAGGCAUUUCAGGUGGAUUACUUAUGCCAGUUUGUUGAAAACAGCAAAGUUCGAACUCAGUAACUAUCCGUCAUAGAAGUAAGCUUUUUGUAAUUUUGAUUCUUGAAACAAAGAUAACGUGAAAUACUGGGAAUUCAAAGCGAGUUCGAUUGUCAUGGGUAAUGUCAUUAAAAUCCCAUACAGGUCGGGUUCCAAACUGCCAACAUUUGUUCUAUGAGACAUGCAACUUUGCUCCGGAACAACAAAUCGAAGCCGUAUUGUAUCGAAAAUAGGGAUUUUAACACCUCGCAACAAAAAUCCUAAACAGCGUAAUCAUUAAUCAGUUUUUGUUGAAUCAUUCUACUUAGAAAUUCGCAAUAUUGAUGUAAAUCUAGCAAACCAACAUGCUUCUCUUCCUAACCGCAAGUCGUAUAAAACCAAUUCGUUCAAAUUGUUCAUACAUACAAGUACUAGAAUACUGACCUGUGAAUGAGAAAAAAAAACACAAACACAGAAGGUAAUGUUUACUACCAAUAUCGUAUAUAAUUUUUGUAAGCUUCGUUGAUCCUUAGUCCAUUCCGCCAUCAAAUGAAAAAGUAAUUUUACAUGACAGUAGUUAAGUGGAUUAAGUUUUUGUUUAUGCACAAAGAAUAACUGAUAAUUUACUCUUAUACACAUAGUGGUUUGCCGUACAAUAGUUGCGUUGUCCGAACAUCACAAUUGUAUUGUAUUCAACCGUUUCCUAUUUCAUUUAAAAAGACAUCAAUUUUGUGUAACUAUGUGCAAUGUAUGAGUAAAUUAUACAGUUCAAAAUAUGUGCAAUACACAGAAUGAAUAUUUCUCAAAUUUGACAAUAUUGGCUUUUGAUAAUCAACACACAUAUGUAUCUAUAGUACAUUAGUAAUUUUUGAUACCGACUUGAGAAAUAUUUGUAGAUGCAACAGCUUUUACUAGUACUGUCCGCAAAAAAAAAAACAAAACAAAACCUGUACAUAUAAGCAUCACCACAUCCGAAUAAUUUCAUUGAAUCACCCAAUGCAUUAUUAACAUACUACAACACCGCGAAAGCGGAGCAGUGAUCCUCACUCCAAAGUAAUUUAUAAACGAAAAACUAACAUCAAUAUAAUAACAUAAUCCAGCAUAAUCUAAAGUAUCGGAAAAAAGUGCCUUGAGAUGAAAAUUCAAUUGACAACAAACAUCCAUACAGCAACUAUAACUACAACAACAACGAUAGGUUAGCACAGAUAAAAUAAUGAAGCAACUAAUGAAAGACAAGCGAAAGUCUAGUGAGAUAGGUGAGAAAAGUGAAUGAAUGGAUAGACUUCGUGCAACGAGAAAAAAAAAGAAAAGUAAAUCAUAUACAAACUAACCGCAAUUGGAGGGUUUACUAAAAGUACUAAAAUUGUGUUAGCUGCUGUUGAAUGAAUAUCUGUUGGACAGCAGCAGACGGGAUACGGAUGGGAUGUCUCAUGUCUCGUCAUAACUGUUACUUUAUAUAAAGUGAAGUGGAAGUGAUGAUAAUAUUAUUUCCUAUUGUACACACUAAAAUCGAUUAAAAGAAUUAAAAAAGUUCUAGAAAAUUA